CAGUUGGUUCCGCCCGGAGGGGCGGGCGGGCGGCGCGAGUGGGCGCGGGCCCGGAGGGCCAGAGAGCACUGGAGAUGGGCUUUUAAUGGUGGAGAGAGGAAACAGUCCAGCAGGGAAUUCUGCAGCUGUAGGAGGAUACCAGUACUUAAAGGCUUCUGGCUCCAGGGAGCUGCGUGAGGGCCAGUUCGACAAUGGUCUCAGUGACCAUGGCCACCUCUGAGUGGAUCCAGUUCUUUAAGGAAGCCGGCAUUCCUCCGGGACCUGCUGUCAAUUACGCUGUGAUGUUUGUGGAUAAUAGGAUCCAGAAGAGCAUGCUGCUGGAUCUCAACAAGGAAAUCAUGAAUGAGCUGGGCGUGACUGUGGUGGGUGACAUCAUUGCCAUCCUCAAGCAUGCCAAGGUGGUACACCGCCAGGACAUGUGCAAAGCUGCCACUGAGUCGGUGCCCUGCAGCCCUGGCCCCCUCCCGGGCGAGAUUCGCCGAGGCACCCCCAGUGCCGCCUCCCGCAUGAUUGCCAACAGCUUGAACCGAGACUCCCCACCUGGAACUCCCCCCAGACGGCCAGAUACCAGCACCUCUAAGAUCUCCGUCACCGUGUCCAAUAAGAUGGCAGCCAAGAGUGCCAAGGCCGCUGCUGCCCUGGCCCGCCGGGAGGAGGAGAGCCUGACCGUUCCCACCAAGCGACGCAGGGUCACUGCUGAGAUGGAGGGGAAAUACAUCAUCAACAUGCCCAAAGGCACCACCCCCCGGACCCGCAAGAUCCUUGAGCAGCAGCAGGCGGCGAAAGGUCUCCACAGGACGUCCGUGUUUGACCGCCUCGGUGCCGAGACCAAGGCAGACACCACGACGGGCAAUAAACCCACGGGAGUCUUCAGCCGACUGGGGGCUACCCCAGAGAUGGACGAGGAUCUGGCUUGGGACAGCGACAACGACAGCAGCAGCUCUGUUCUACAAUAUGCCGGGGUCCUGAAGAAGCUAGGCCCGGGCCCAACCAAGGCCAGUCCCCAGCCGGUGCCGACUGUCAAAGCCAAGGCCACAAGCUCAGCGAUGACGGCCAACACCCCUACAUUGCGGCGCCUGGCCCUUCCCUCCCGCCCGGGGUCCCUGUCCAAAGUCAGCAUCAUCCAGAGACUGGGCAAGGCUGCCCCUGUGCCUGAGGCCCAGGACAGCCAGGUCACGAGCACCAAGAGUAAGUCAUCAGCCGAGGUCAAGGUCACCAUUAAGAGGACUCUGGGGCCCCGGGGGAGCGGCUCCAGCGAGGGCCUGGGGGCCCAGAUGGACCAUGCAGGCACUGUGAGCGUGUUCAAAAGACUGGGCCGCAGGACCUUCUAGCCCACAGGUGGGGCACAGGCCCCUCUCCAGGCUCUGACUCCAUCAGUCUUCAGCCAGGGCCCACCCUGGGACGGCACUGCGGUCUCCUUCAGGCCUUCAGGCCGGCCCGAGCUCUGUGGGGCCGCAUCCCGUUUACUGAGUCCGAGAUGGUCGUGGUGGCCUGGCCUUGCCACUCUGGGACUUUCCCUUCUCUCGUGUCCUCUGUUCUGUCCUCUCUGACUGUGGCCUUGGCAGGGCCCUCUUUCUACCUCUCCUGAGUGCCAAGUGCCCUUUAUCUCUCCUGUAUCCCCCUCCCUCCCUCUCAGCAGCAUCUGCUGCCUCAGACCCCAGCUUCUCGGCCUCUCGGUCCCCCAGAGCAGGUGUUGCCCGGAGGGUCUCCCUUAUCCCUCCACCCUGCCGCUUCCUGACUUCCCUCCCGUCACUCCUCUGUCCCCUACCCCCCAACUUUAACUUCGUUUUCUCUCCCGUCUUCACCCUAUUCAUUUAUCUUCUGUUUUCUGUCCCUGUGGUAAGGCCCGACUGUCCGCUGCAUCCUGCCUGACCCUCCUGCACCUCCGGCCUCCCAGCGGCCCCCUCGUCGACAGUGGCGUCGAGCCUGUUGAGACUGUUAGCAGCCUCACUCCCAGGCUGGAGGGACCUCCCCAGACCCUGGGCUGCAGCUGGGGCACCUCCGUCUUCCUGCCCCGGGCAUCUUUUCUCUGAAAGGCAGUGGCGGGUGUGGGCAUGGGGCACUGGGAAGGGAGGCCAGUGCCGAGAGAGAAGAAAAUAGCUGUUUUAAUAUAUUUGUGACUUUCAAAUAUUUUCCUCCCCUCCUUCAAGGUGAGUCGCAGGAUGGUUUUUCACACAAAGCAUAAUGUGGUGGAGGGGUCGAAUGAAGGCUUGGGCUCUGUCUCUGAAUGUCAGGCUCCCUGCACACAUGUGGGCCGUGUCUCUGCUGCAGGCCCCAAGUCCAAGGGAGUACUGGCCACGGUCAGCGUUCAGUUGGGCCUCCUCCUCCCUCAACAGAAAGCUGCCUCGGUUCUGUCACUCUCUCCUCCUCCUCCCUAGAUUUCACCUGUUUCGGUCUCUCCCUCUGUUGGUGGCUUUCCAAAUUGCAGGCUCCAUUUGAAGGUGAGGGGUUCACAUGGGUUUGAUUUCCACUUGUUUGCUGCUGCACAGCUCCUCCUCUGUGCCAGGCCUGUUCUGGGAGCUGGGACCUCUCCGUGAGCAAGACAGACAAGCCCCUGCCCAUGUUGCUAACUGCUCCAGCCAGGGAGAUGGGCGGUGGUGUGCUCACGGGGGAUUGAGGGAUGAGUGAAAGUGACCAGGGCCUCUUUACUAAUUUAUUUUUUAAAAUAUAUUUUUAUUGAUUUCAGAGAGGAAGGGAGCGGGAUAGAGAGAGAGAAACAUCAGUGAUGAGAGAGAAUCAUUGAUCGGCUGCCUCCUGCAGGCCCCCUACUGGGGAUCAUGCCUGCCACCUGGGCAUGUGCCCUUGACCAGAAUCAAACCCAGGACCCUUCAGUCCGCAGGCCGACGCUCUAAACCAGCUAGGGCAGACCAGGGCCUCUUUAGAUGUUAGGGGUAAGAAGACCUUUUGGGGGAGGUGACAGGCUGAGCUGGGAAUGAGAGAAAGCAGCUACAUAAAGUUAAGGAGGAGUGUUCAGGCAGAAGAAACAGCUGGGCAAAGGCCUGACUUGGACAAGGAACUCAGAGAGGCCAGUGUGGCCAGCAGAGAGUGAGGGACCUGCCCUUCAGCACAGGUGGGGGCGGGGGGGAGGGGGUGGACCAGAAGCAGAUACCUGAGGCUCUAUGACUCUGGGGUAGGAAUUUGGGCAUCACCCCCCAGAGCACUGAGGAGUUUGGGAGGGUUGGAGGCAGGCAGUAAUGAUCUGAGUUGCCUUCUGUGAAGCUGGCUGUGGCCCUGGGAGGAGGAUAAAUUGCUGGAAGGGUAAGGGUGGAGCAGGGAGGCCGUAGCCUGUCGAGAAGGAAGGUUGGUGGUGGGGAAGACAGAAGUGGCUGGGCUCGGGUGUGCCUCAGAGGAGCAGCAGGAUGCUGCAGGGUGCGCUGAGACUGGGCGUUGGGGUGCGGGGAGGGUGGGAAGCAUGGAUCACGCCUGGGUGGGAGACUUGAGCAUCUAGAGCAGCGGUUCUCAACCUGUGGGUCACCACCCCUUUGGGGGUCGAACGACCCUUUCACAGGGGUCGCCUAAGACCAUCGGAAAACACAUAUAUAAUUACAUAUUGUUUUUGUGAUUAAUCACUAUGCUUUAAUUAUGUUCAAUUUGUAACAAUGAAAAUACAUCCUGCCUAUCAGAUAUUUACAUUACGAUUCAUAACAGUAGCAAAAUUACAGUUAUGAAGUAGCAACGAAAAUAAUUUUAUGGUUGGGGGUCACCACACCAUGAGGAACUGUAUUAAAGGGUCCCGGCAUGAGGAAGGUUGAGAACCACUGCUCUAGAGGAAGGUACUCUUUGUGAGGCUGGGAGGCCGGGGAAGGAGGAGCGGGUUGGGUGGGAGGGCACUCAGCUUUUCAGCUUUCCACUUGACGGGUGAGCAGGCUGCUGGGGUUCGGGGCCACCUGGGCUGGCGGUCAGCAGCUUCGGGGAAUUCUGAGGGUACUGUUGUGUUCAAAGCCAAGGGCUUGGCGACACCAGCUGACAAGGAGCAUAAGAGAGGGGAGGACCCAGAAGGAGCAUGGGGGCCCUAUUCCCAAUUAGAGAACGGGGGAUCACCAAGGAGUGGUGGGGAGUUUGGAAGAGAACGUAGAGCAGGUGAAGAUGAGAUUAGACCUUAUCCAUUUUUUUUUAUUGUGGUAAAAUAUACAUGACAUAAAAUUUACCAUUUUAGCCCAGCCACCAUGGCUCAGUGGUUGAAUGUUGAUCUAUGAACCAGGAGGUCACGGUCUGAUUCCCAGUCAGAGCACAUGCCCGGGUUUUGGGCUUGAUCCCCCGUGUGGGACGUGUGGGAGGCAGCUGAUCAAUGAGUCUCUCUCAUCAUUAUGUUUAUAUCUCUCUCUCCCUCUCCCUUCCUCUCUGAAAUCAAUAAGAAUAUAUAUUUUUAAAAAUUAUCAUUUUAACCUUUUUUAAAAAAUAUAUAAAAUCCUCACCCAAGGGUAUUUUCCCGCAUUGAUUAUACUAGAGAGAGUGGAAAGGAAGGAGAAGGGGGAGAGAGAAAGAGAAACAUUGAGGUGAGAGAGACAAAUGGAUUGGUUGCCUCCCUCGUGCACCCCUACCGGGGCUGGGGAACCUGCAGCUGAGAUACAUGCUCUUGACUGGGAAUCAAACCUGCGACCCUUCCGUCCACAGGCCCAUGCUCUAACCACUGAGAAACCGGCCACGGCCCAUUUUUAAAUAUACUGUUCAAUGGUGUUAAGUACAUUCACAUUGUUGUGUAACCACCACCACCACCAUCCAUCUCCAGAUCUAUUUUUGUUUGCCCAAACCAAUCAUCCAUUUAUUUUUAGUUUUUUGGGGGGUAAUGUCAUAGUGGGAGGCUACUGUGUGUCAGGCAGUGUCCCAAGCACUGGGCCUGGGGUGUGAAGGGCUGGAUCAGUAUGAGGGACAGUGGAAGAGAGAGCAGCCAUAGACCCCUUUCCCGGUGAGGGCCCAGGCUUGGCCCUCAUGUGGCUGAGGUUGGACCUCAGGACAGCAAGUAGUGGUGAUGCCAGGGUUGCAGAGUUCUCCCUCUCAUGCCCGAGCCAUAAGGAAGAGCGCUCACACACACACAGACACACACAGACACACACACGCACACGCACACGCACUUGCCUUGCUGCUCUUCAUCCUCCCUGCCCCCCUGCCUCACUUCAUGGAUAAUUUUAGCAACUGCCAAGGUUAAUUGGAAGUGUUUCAGUUACUAAAUUUAAGAGCACAGGGUAAUUUCUUGAUAUUUAAUAGGAACUACAAUGAUGUAAACAAAUGUAUAGCUGAUUGACCAUGAAAAGUUUGCCUGCGUGGGUAAGUCAUGUGACUGUGCUCUGUACAGUGGAAGGCCUCGCCCAGCCAGAGUGACAGGCCUGGGCUAGACGUCAGGGAGCUGACCGGGAUCCUGGCCCCAUAUCCCCUACCCUGUGCUGCCUCAAGUACAGAUUUGAAAUAGGGUAAGGGUGGUCCUAGGAGAAUGGUUUUGGAUUUUCUAGAGUUAUCUAUGUUCCCUGCCUGAUCAACUUGCCCUCAAGCAUUUGCAGCUCUCGUAUGCCAUGGCCCAUGAGAGUCACAUCCCAUCCUGCUACCCUUGGCCAGAGGGACCCAAGCUGGAUGCCUCCUCUGCUGCCAGCCUCUCUAGAGCCCCAGUGUUCCACUCAUUUCAUUUGGUGAUUACUCCCAACCCAGCCCAACAGCUGUGACCCACAGGGAUGCAUCAUUUUUUCCUCUGGUUCUCUUAAAUAUUUUUGAGUAUAAAUAAUACACAUGGUUCAAAAUGCAAAAGGUACAAAAGGCUUUACAGUGAAAAGUUUCUUCUUGAGUCUUCUGGCCCUCAAGUCCUCCCCUCAGAGGCCACCACUGUCACCAAUGUAUUGGUAAUUCUUCCAUUCAGAGAUGUUUGUAUGUGCGUGCCAACACACACGCACGCACCCACGCGCGCGCACAGAGGAACAUGUACACACAUCUUUUUAAAAAUAUAUUUUUAUUGAUUUCAGAGAGGGAGAAAUAGAAACAUCAAUAAUGAGAGAGAAUCAUUGAUUGGCUGCCUCCUGCAUACCCCCAACCAGGGAUCAAGCCUGCAACCCAGGCAUGUGCUCUGACUGGGAAUUGAACCGUGACCUCCUGGUUCAUAGGUCAAUGUUCAAGCGCUAAGCCACACCAGCCGGGCUAAGCGCUCACAUCUUAAUGGCCUACUCUACUUAACCAGUUCUUUCUGGAAGGGAAUUAAAGUUGCGUCCAGUCUCUUGCUGUUAUGUGAACUGCUGCAGGGAAUAACUUGUUCUCGUGUGGAGUCCCUUCAGUGGUGAACUUGCAGAGUUCUAAUGAUAGCAAUUCAGUGCAAAUACUCUAUUGGGUCAAUAGCAUAUCUGAACCAGGCUCUCCCCCAAGACUAUUGGCAUUCUUCAAGUGAUUUAUUUAUACAUUUAUCACCCCACUCCCCAAAGGAAUUAAGAGCAGCUGGACUCAUUUAAUUGGAGAGUGCUGGAGGAAGCGGGGCAGGAGAUGCUAAGAGCCAACACUGACUCCUCCAGGAAGUACUAAAAUGCUUUGCUAAGUUGAUGGACUUGUUGACUCCUCAGGGCCAGGGGAUCACCAUGAAAGUCAGGGACUUCAUAUUCUCAUGCUGUGAACAGACAUGGAAGUGGAGGGGUCGCUAGCCCAUGGCUCUGGCUCAGUCACAAAGCCAGGUCUGAGCCAGCCCAGGAGGAUGAUUGUCGUUGAAUGUGGUCUUCGGAUGAGGUUACCUCUGGACACAUUACCUCUCUGGCAGCUCCCGCCAGUAGAUGCAAAGCAAGAUGGGAAUCUGCAGUGCUGCGGCAGCUGCAAGGUCCUGGCCAGAUCCAACUCCCUUCCUCCAGUGUCUGAGCCUGGUUUGGUGAGAUGUGCAAGGAGUCGAGUCACAGCGACCUUUGGCAUCUGAGCUGACUUAGUUUGAUGAGCUCUGCUCCUCUAGACCUGACUUUUAAGGCCUGACCAUUACCUACCCUAAACUUGAUCUAAUUUGUGAACUCCAAACCAGGCCUUUGCAAACUGCAUCAAACAGGAACAGACUUGAUUUUUUAGAACAGUUUUAGUAGAAUUACAGAAAAAUAGAGUACAGUUAGUACAAAGUCCCAUGUGCCCCAUAUCCAGUUUCCCCUAUUAGUAAUAUCUUACAUUAGUAUGAUGUAUUUGUUAUAAUUAAUGAACCUAUAUGGAUACCUUAAUAGUAACUGAAGUCCAUGGUUAUUCAGAUUUCCUUAGUUUUAACGUCUUUUUCUGUUCUGGGAUGCCGUGUUACAUUUAUGUUGACACACAAGGUGUUGUUACGUCUGUCUCCUCCUGGUUGUGGAAGUUUCUCAGACUUGUUUUUUAUAAUCUUGACAUUUAGUUUUUUUGUUUUUAAAUCUUUUCUUGCUUUAUUAUUAUUAUUAUUUUUUAUGACCUUGACAUUUUGAAGAACACUGGCCAGGUAUAUCACAGGAUGGCUCUUCAUCGGGAUUUUUCCUCUGGAUUAUAGUGAGGUCACAUGCUGUUCAGAGGAAGAGCUCAGAGGUGAAGUGCCAUUUUGUCACCUCAUGUCUGGGGUGCAUACUGUCAACAUGAUUUAUCACUGUGUCCAUCAACCCUGAUCACCUGGCUUGAUUACCGACCAUUUCUUUGUCAUAUUGUUCACUAUAAAGUUGUUCUUUCUCUCUUUCCAUGUGGACUCUGUGAAAGGAAGUCAGUUCGCACAGCCCACACUAGGAGUUGGGGGGCUCAUGCUCUACCUCCUUUAAGGAAAAACCCACAUGAGUUAUUUGGAAUUCUUCUGCCAGGGAGACUUGUCUCUUCUUCUUAUUCAGUCUUUUUUUUUUUUUUUUCAUCAGUAUGGACUUAUGGAUGUUUAUUUUAGACUUUGGGUUGUAAUCCAGUGCUACAUUAUUUAUUUCAUUGUUUACAUUAUUUCAGCUUUGGCCACUGGGAGUUCUUUCAUUUAGCUCCUGUGUCCCUUUGACAUACCUCCAUCAUUGUGUAGUGGGUAUUUAUUUUGGGGGGUGAGGUUGUUUGUUGGCACUUCCUUACUUUCUGGCACUAUAGCUACUCCAGGUUCAUCUUGUAUAUUUCCUGGCCUGGUCCUAGAGUGAGCCAUUUCUACAAGGAGCCUUCGUGCCUUUUAUUGUAGAACUAGUAGCCCUGCACGUAGCUCGCUGCCUGCCCUCGUAUAGCUCUCUGCCGCUUGUAGGUCGGUCGUGACGUUACGGCGCCCUGGCUAAUUUGCAUAUUCCUCUGUUAUUAUAUUAGAUGGUAUUAGAAACCAAGAUCUAGGGAUGAGAUUUAAUAUAGGAACCCAGUAUAGAAAGCAUGUUUAAAACAGAAAAGCAAAAACAAGCAAACAAAACAGAAAAGCAGUAAUUUAUUAGCAUACAUUUAAAUGCUUUUUAAAAUUAAUUUAUGCAAACAAAAUUCAAAGGUACAAAAGGAUAGAUACAAUAAAACUGUUCUGUGCCCAGUAGACUGGCAAGAUAUCCCAAGACUCAGUGUUGGGGAAGAUGUGGAGUAAUGGGAGUGUGUACACUGCUGAAGGAAUGUCAGUUGGUAUCAAGCACAUAAAGAGCUUUUUUAAAUUUUAAUAUAUUUUUAUUGAUUUCAGAGAGGAAGGGAGAGGGAGAGAGAGAUAGAAACAUCAAUGAUGAGAGAGACUCAUUGGCUGGCUGCCUCCUGCCUGCCCCUACUGGGGAUCAAGCCUGCAACCUGGGCAUGUGCCCUUGACCGGAAUCGAACCCAGGAUCCUUCAGUCUGCAGGCCAAUGCUCUACCCACUGAGCCAAACCAGCUAGGGCAUGAAGAACUUUUUAUUUAUGUAUUUAUUUAUUUUUAAAAUAUAUUUUAUUGCCAAAACCGGUUUGGCUCAGUGGAUAGGGCGUUGGCCUGUGGACUGAAGGGUCCCGGGUUCAAUUCCGGUCAGGGGCAUGUACCUUAGUUGCGGGCACAUCUCCAGUGGGAGAUGUGCAGGAGGCAGCUGAUCAAUGUUUCUCUCUCAUCGAUGUUUCUAACUCUCUGUCUCUCUCCCUUCCUCUCUGUGGAAAAUCAAUAAAAUGUAUUUUUAAAAAAAUAAAAUAUAUUUUAUUGAUUUUUUACAGAGAGGAGGGGAGAAGGAUAGUUAGAAACAUUGAUGAGAGAGAAACAUCGAUCAUCUGCCUCCUGCACACUCCCUUCUGGGGAUGUGCCCACAACCAAGGUACAUGCCCUUGACCAGACUUGAACCCCGGAUCCUUCAGUCCGCAGGCUGACACUCUAUCCACUGAGCCAAACCGAUUAGGGUAUAAAGAGCUUUUUAAAAAAACAAAACCAUACGCACCACUUUAUUAAUCCCUGGCCGGGUACUCAGUGGUUAGAGCAUUGGCCUGCAGCCUGAAGGGAUUCCAGUCAAGGGCACGUACCUCAGUUGCAGGAUCGAUCCUGGGCCCUGGUUGGGGUUCACGUGGGAUGCAACCAAUUGAUGCGUCUCUCACACUGAUGGUUCUCCCUGUCUCCCCUCCCACUCUCAAAAUCAAUGGAAAAAUAUUCUCAGGUGAGGAUAAACAAAAAAACACACAUAAAAACAAACAAAAAGCCCACUUUCUGGAGAUAUAGUUCACAUACCAGACAAUUCACCCACUUAAAGUACACAAUUCACAGAAUUGUGAUUCACCACUACUUUUAGAACAUGUUUAUUACCCCCAAAAGAAACUCCACCUCCCUUCACCAUCAUUCCCCAAGUCUCCCCAUACUCCGCCCCCCACUUCAAGCCCUUGGCAACCAUGAAUCUGCUGUCUCUAUAGAUUUGUCUUUUCUAGAUGUUUCCUAUCAAUUGAGUCACAUAAUAUGUGGCUUUUUGUGUCUGGCUCCUCUCUCUUAGCAUGUUUUCAAGAUUCAUGUUGUAACAUGUGUCAGUACUUCAUUUAAUUUUAUUGAUGAAUAGUAUUGCAUUGUGUGGAUAGAUUAUAGUUUUCUAUUUUGUUGAUGGACAUUUGGGUUGGUUCCACUUUGGGGCUAUUAUGAAUAAUGCCUCUUGUGAACUUCUGUGUGGACAUAUUUUCAAUUCUUUUGGGUAUAUACCUAGAAGUCUAGUUGUUGGGUCAUAUGAACUGCCGGACUUUUUUCCAAAGUGUUCGCACCAUUUUCCAUUCCCACCAGCAGUGCAUGAGGGUUCUGAUUUCUCCACAUCCUGCCACUUGUCUUUUUUAUUACUGCCACCCUAUUGGUGUGAAAUGAUAUUGCAUCAUUCUGGUUUUGAUUUGCAUUUCCCUGAUGGCUAAUGAUGUUAAACAUCUCUUAAAUAUGUUUUUAAAAUUGAUUUUUAGAGAGAGAGGAGGGGAGAGGGGAAGAGAGAUAAAAACAUCAGUGAGAGAGAAACAUCAUCAAUUGGCUGCCUUCUGCACGCCCUCUACUGGGAAUUGAGCCAGAAACGCAGGCAUGUGCCCUGACUGGGAAUCAAACCAGUGACCUCUUAGUUCAUAGGUCAGUGCUCAACCACUGAGCCACACAGGUUAGGCCGUGUUAAACUUCUUUUACUGUGCUUUUUGGAAAGAGCUUACCUUUAAAGUAAUUGCGUAGUGUUCCCUCGUGUGUAUGCACCUUGAUAUAUCAAACCAGUCCCUUUUUAUGGACACGUAGUUUCCAAGUUUUUUUAUAAAACAAACAGUGUCUCUCGUGUAUACCACAUUUUACUCAUGUGUGAACGUAUCCAUAGGGUAAAUACCUAGGAGUUAAAAAAUUACAGGGUAAAAAGGAAUGUGCCUAUGUUUUAUAAGUUUGUAUUUAUGCCAUUUGUGUAUUUAAAAGUAAAUAUUGAGAAUAAUCAGAGUUGUUUGAAGGACAUUUUAAUUUUCCCUCCAGUGUUAACAUCUAGCAGGUUCAGCCACAUCAGAAUCAGUGGCCACUUUAUUUCUCUAUUUUGUUUUGGUUACUGUUUUUGUGGGGGUUUUUUUGUUUUGUUUUUAAAUAUAUUUUUAUUGAUUUCAGAGAGGAAGGGAGAGGGAGAAAGAGAUAGAAACAUCAAUGAUGAGAGAGAAUCACCGAUCGGCUGCUUCCAGCACGCCCCCCACCGGGGAUCGAGCUGCAACCCAGGCAUGUGCCCCCAAACAGAAUUGAACCUGGGACCUCUCAGUCCGCAGGCCAACGCUCUAUCCACUGAGCCAAACCAGCUAGGGCUGUUUUGGUUACUUUUGCAUAGGCUUGAUGUCAGGUUGAGGCCGGAGUUCAGAGCACAUAAACCUAAUUCAUUGUUCCAAAAUUACCCCCUAAAGCUGCCUUUCUGCUCCUCAUAUUUAGCACAGGGCUUGCUCCUAAGUGAUCAGCAUAGCAUGUCCUGGAGAUUGUGUGGCCUUCCUGAUGAUCUGUUAGGAUUAAGAGCUUGACCUCUGCCGCUGCGUGAUCUUUGCUUCAGUUUCCGCUUCACUAAGAUGGAGUAAUAGUAGCGCCUGCGUCCCAGGGUGGUUGUGAAGAUUACAUGAGUCAGUUCACGUGAAGGGCUUAAAACAGUGCCUAGUACAGUGUUAUCUAAUUUUAUCUCUGAAAUUGAUGAUAUUCAGGGAAGAUAUUCAGGACCAGCAAUAAUUAGCACCACCACCUAAGAAACCCUUUUAUGACAUUCUCAUGGGCUACAAAAAAAGAGCAUUUUGGGUAACUUUUAUUUUAUUUUAUUUUAUUUUAUUUUAUUUUAUUUUAUUUUAUUUUAUUUUAUUUUAUUUUAUUUUAUUUUAUUUUAUUUUAUUUUAUUUUAUUGAUUGAUUUGAGAGAGAGAGAGAAACAUCAACCUGUUGCUCCACCCAUUUAUGCAUUCAUUGUUUGCUUCUUGUGUGUGCCCUGACCCGGGAUCGAACCCAUAACCUCAGCUCUAAUCAACUGAGCUACCCGGCCAGGGCUGGGUAACUAUUUUUAUACUAUAGGCCUGGUGCACGAAAAUUCAUGCACUCAAGGGGGUCCUUCAGCCCGGCCUUUGCCCUCUCUCAGUCUGGGAGUCCUCAGGGGAUGUCUGACUGAUGGCUUAGGCAACCAACAGGCUGAUGGGGGGGAAGGUGCUGGCCAGCAAGUGGCCGGCCACACCCCUCAUCGCCACUCCGCGCUCCCUCCCCUCCACCCCCCAUCACUGUCCCCUCCCUCUGCCUGCUGGCACUUGCCUUUCUGCUCCUCAUAUUUAGCACGGGGUCAUUCCGCCGUUUGGUAGAUUUGCGUAUUUAUAAUUGUGAACUUAUAGAAAAGUAGCAAGAAUAGUACAAGUGUUUUCUGUCGACUUUCUAUUCAGAUUUGCCCGUUUGCUCAUCUGCCUUAUUCUCUCCUCUCCCCUCCUCCUCUCUAUAAGCAUGCAUACGUGCAUAGGUACAUAUACAUAUGUUGUGUUUUUGAGCCAUUUGAGAGUUAGGUUGCAGAGUAUCUUGCCCUUUUACCUCAGAAUACUUCAGUGCAUAUUUCCUAAGAACAAAAACAUUCUCUUUGAUAAACAGUACAACUAUCAAAACUAAGAAAUUUAACAUGGAUAAAAUAUUUCUAUCUAAACCCCAGUUUCAUUAAUUGUCCCAAUAAUGUUCCUUAUUGCCAUUUUCCCCUCUGGCUCAGAAUCUCAUUGUGAUCACAUGUUGCUCUUUUUGAUUAAUUUUAUUUUAAUUUUUAAAUUAAAUUUAUUGGGGUGAUAUUGGUUUAAAAAAUUAUAUAGGUUUCAAGUGUACAUUUCUGUGAUACAUGACCUGUAUAUUGCAUUGUGUGCUCACCAGCCAAAGUCAAAUCAUCUUCUGUCACCAUAUAUUUAGUCCCCUUUACCCUGUACUACCCCCUUCCCUCUGGUAACCCCAUACUGCUGUCUGUUUCUAUGAGUUUCAGUUUUAUAUCCCACAUGUGACUGAAAUCAUAUGGGUCUUAGCUUUUUUUGACUGACUUAUUUCACUUAGCAUAAUAUUUCCAGAGUUCACCCAUGUUGUUACAAAUGGCAAUAUUUCAUCUUUUCUUAUGGCUGAGUAGUACUCCAUUGUAUAUAUGUACCACAUCUUCUUUAUCCAAUCUUCUAUCGAAGGACACUAGGGUUGUUUCCAUGUCUUGGCCACUGUGAAUAAUGCUGCAAUGAACAUAGGGUGCAUAUAUCUUUGUGAAUAAAUGUUUUCAAAAUUUUCAGGCAGAUAACCAGAAGAGGGAUUGCUGGGUCAGAUGGUAACUCUAUUCUUAGUUUUUUGAGGAGCCUACAUACUGUUUUCCAUAGUGGUUAUACAGUUUACAUUCCCAUCAGCAGUGAAUGAAGGUUCCUUUUUCUCCAUGAUCUCCCCAGCACUUGUUAUUACUUGCCUUAUUGAUGAUAGCCAUUCUGACAGUGUGAUGUGGUAUCUCAUUGUGAUUUUGACUUGCAUUUCCCUAAUAGCUAGUGAAGUUGAGCAUGUAUCUAUUGGCCAUUUGUAUGUCUUUUUGGGAGAAGUGUCUGUUCAGGUCCUCUGCCCAAUUUUUUUCUCUUCCCAUUGAUGCUGAGUGAUAUGAGUUCUUUAUAUGUUUUGGAUAUUAAUCCCUUGUUGGAGCUGUUAUUUGCAAAUACUUCUCCUAUUUGGUUGGUUGCCUUUUUGUUUCAGCAUUUAUGGGUUGGAAGAAUCAACAUAGUUAAAAUGGUCAUAUUACCCAAAGCAAUAUACAGAUUUAAUUCAAUGCCAUCAAAAUCCCAGUGACAUUUUUUAAAGAAAUAGAAUAAAAAAAUCAUCAGAUUUGUAUGAAACCACAAAAGACCCCGAAUAGCCAAAGCAAUCCUGAGAAAAAAGAACAAAGCCGAAGGUACCACACUACCUGGCUUCAAAUUAUACUACAGAGCAACAGUAAUAAAAAAGCAUGAUAAUGACAGAAAACACACAGAGACCAACGGUUGGCUCAGUGGAUAGAGCGUCAGCCUGCGGACUGAAGAGUCCUGGGUUCGAUUCCGGUCAAGGGCACAAGUUCGAUUCUGGUCUAGGACACAUACCUCAGUUGCAGGCUCAGUCUCCUCGGGCCCAGUCAGGCACAUGUGGGAGGCAAUCAAUCAAUGUUUUUCUUUCUUGUGUCUCUCCCCUGUCUCCCACUCUCUUUAAAAAUAUCAAUGGAAAAAAAUUUUAAUUUAAUUUUUAACAAAUCAAUGGAAAAAUAUCCUCAGGUGAGGAUUAAGAACAAAAACCUCCAAAACACAUGUAUACGGGUAGAUAAUUUUGGAUAAAGGAUCCAAAAGCAUACAAUGGAAAAAAGAAAGCCUCUUCAAUAAAUGGUUCUGGGAAAACUGGAAAGCCACAUGUAAGAGGAUGAAACUAGACCAGCCUUUGUCUCUAUGUAUGAAAAUUAAUUCAAAAUGGAUCAAAGACAUAAAUAUAAGAUCUGAAACAAUAAAUUACAUGGAAGAAAACAUAGGAACUAAACUUAUGGACCUUGGUCUUAGAAAUUUUAUGAACUUGACCCCAAAGGCAAGGGAAAUAAAGGCAAAAAUAAAUGAAUGGGACUACUAAAAGCUUCUGCACAGCAAAAGAAACCGCCAACAAAACGUGGUGGUGAGUGGUUUCAGUUUACUUUUAAAGAGUGAAUGUUUAAAUAACAGUACAAAGGCCUCCCAUUUUGCGGCUGACUCCAACCUGCAACUCAGCGGGAGCUCCAGCCAGGAUGACUAGCGCAUGUGGUGCCAUCUUGUGGCAACAGCUCAAAUAGAGUUUAUAAAUCACCUUGUAGAGCAGCUAUGAGAUAAUCUUAUUUAUUUGUUUGUUUGUU